AUGGUGGCAUUAUUGGUCUUGUUGCUGAUUCUACUUCCUCACGCAAUAUGCAAACCUCCCAUUGUUAAAUGCCACAUCCAUGAUCCAUAUGCUCCACUUCAUCAGUAUCACCAGGAAGGAGACCUCAUCCUUGGUGGCAUAGCCUCUCACAGCAUCAUCGUCUCCAUUGCAAUAGCCUUCACCGAAAACCCCCCACCAACAUUGCUGGAAGAACUAAAUGUGGUACCUAAGAACUACCAGCACAUCCUGGCUUUAGAAUUUGCAGUGAAGGAGAUCAACGAAAACCCUCAGCUCUUACCCAAUGUCACUUUAGGCUUCCGCAUCUAUGACAGCUAUUUCAAUGCCAAAUGGACCUCUCAUGCCACAAUGUUGCUCAUAGCCACACUGGAAACAUUUGUCCCCAACUACAUCUGUGACAUCAAGAACAACUUGAUAGCCAUCAUUGGGGGACUGGACUCCCAAACAUCCCUUCAUGUGGCAACAAUCUUGGAUGUCUAUAAGGUUCCACAGCUCAUAUACGGCCCUGCUCCAGUGAUGAAUGAUAAAACCCCAGGCCUUCUCUUCUACCAGAUGACGCCCAAGGAAGCCCACCAGUAUAAAGGGAUCCUGUCUUUGCUACUGCAUUUCCGGUGGAUAUGGAUUGGAAUCCUUACUUUCUAUGAUGAGAAUGCAGAAAGAUUUGUGCAAACUGUGGUUCCUUUUUUUUCGGAGAAUGGCAUCUGUUUUGCCUUCAUAGAAAGAAGCCACAAAUUUACUUAUGUCACAGAAAUUAACAAUAUGUUUAAACUGGGGGCAAAAAUAAAUGACAAAAUAAAUGAUAGCAAAGCCAAUGUGGUGUUGGCUUAUGGAGAAUCAUAUGCUCUGGCACUUUUUAGGUGGUUGCCUUACCUAUCAGAAUUGGAACAAAGUUCAAAUACCCCAAAAGGUAAAGUGUGGAUCAUGACAGCCCAGGUGGAGCUCACCUCCUUCGUCUUUCAACGGACUUGGGAUACAGAAAUACUCCAUGGGGUUCUCUCAUUCUCAACUCACUCGAAUGAUCCACCAGGAUUUCAUCAAUUUGCCAAGAGCAAAAACCCUUCCAGUCCAAAAGGAGAUGGCUUCAUUUUGGACUUCUGGCAAAAGGCAUUUGGCUGUGUAUUUCCAAAUCGAUUUGUUGGCAGUGUGAGGGGAGAUAUUUGCACAGGGCAAGAGAAGCUGGAGAAUCUUCCUGGUCCUUUCUUUGAAAUGAGCAUGACCAGCCACAGCUACAACAUCUACAAUGCUGUCUAUGCUGUGGUCCAUGCUUUACAUGCCAUGUCUACAUCCCGAGGCAAACACACACCAGUAAUGAUCAGGGGAGGAAUGAAGUUUCACAAAAAACCGCUGUGGCAGCUCCAUCAUUUUCUGAGGGGUAUCUCAUUUAACAACAGUGCUGGGGAUAAGAUUUCCUUGGACCAGAAUGGGGAGAUAUUGGCUGGAUUUGAUAUUACCAAUUGGAUCGUUUUCUCCAACCAAUCCUUUCAGAGAGUGAAGGUAGGAGGGGUGGAUUCCCUGGCUCCUCCACAGCAAGCGUUGACCAUCAAUGAGGGAGCCAUAAAAUGGCACCAUUGGUUUAACCAGACACAGCCUACCUCUGUAUGUACUGAGAGCUGCGGCCCUGGUUUUUGCAGGAAAGUGAAGGAGGGGGAAGCAUUUUGCUGCUACGAUUGCAUCCCAUGUCCAGAAGGGAAGAUUUCAGACCAGGAGGACGUGAAUGACUGCUACGAAUGUGAAGAUGAAAACUAUCCAAGCAAAAAUAAGACUAUAUGUAUUCCUAAGCAUACAACCUUCUUGUCCUUUGAAGAACCUCUGGGCCUCAGCUUAGCCUGUUCUGCUCUUUCCUUUGCUUUCAUUACAGCAUUGGUAUUAGAAAUAUUUGUGAAGCACAGGGACACUCCUAUUGUGAAAGCCAACAACCGGGACCUCACCUACACUCUGCUCAUCUCCCUCUUGCUUUGCUUCCUUUCCGCAUUACUGUUCAUCGGAUAUCCUGACAAGGUGACAUGUCUCCUCCGACAAACUGCUUUUGGCAUCAUCUUCUCAGUGGCUGUUUCUUGUGUGCUGGCAAAAACCAUCACUGUGGUUCUGGCUUUCAUGGCCACAAAACCAGGAUCCAGGAUGAGGAAGUGGGUGGGGAAGGGACUGGCAAUCACUAUUGUCCUUUCCUGCUCCCUUAUCCAAGCACUCAUCUGCACUGCAUGGCUGGUGAUCUCUCCUCCAUUCCCUAAUCUUGACAUGAAGUCAGUGGCUGAAGAAAUUGUACUGGAGUGCAAUGAGGGGACUGUGACCUUCUUUUACUGUGUCUUGGGCUACAUGGGCUUCCUAGCUAUUGUCAGUUUCACUGUGGCCUUCCUUGCUCGGAAAUUACCUGACAGUUUCAAUGAAGCCAAGUUCAUCACUUUCAGCAUGCUGGUCUUUUGCAGUGUUUGGUUAUCCUUUGUUCCUUCCUACAUGAGCACAAAGGGGAAAUACAUGGUGGCUGUGGAGGUCUUCUCUAUCUUAGCCUCCAGUGGUGGGUUGUUGGGUUGCAUCUUUUGCCCAAAAUGUUACAUUAUUUUGCUGAGGCCUGAGCUGAACAAUAGGGAUCACCUAAUAAGAAGAAAUUGCUAA